GCUCCUGGGCGGCUAGCGGGGCGUCCCCACCGGCGGCGGCGGCGCGGUGCUCGGCGGGACGCGGGCGGAGGACGACCUCGGGGCCGAGGGGCGGGGCGUCAGACCAAGAUGGCGGCGGUGGCUGCGGUCUCCUUGAGGCGCCGCUUUGCGGGCGCCGCGGUCGGCGGAGCCCGCCUGCAGGCCUGCCGAGGAACUCAGACAGCUGCAGCCACAGCUCCUCGAAUCAAGAAGUUUGCAAUUUACCGAUGGGACCCCGACAAGACUGGGGACAAACCUCGGAUGCAAACUUAUGAAGUUGAUCUGAAUAAAUGUGGUCCUAUGGUGUUGGAUGCUUUAAUCAAAAUUAAGAACGAAAUUGAUUCUACCUUGACCUUCCGAAGAUCAUGCAGAGAAGGUAUCUGCGGCUCCUGUGCAAUGAACAUCAAUGGAGGCAACACGCUGGCUUGCACCCGAAGAAUUGACACCAACCUCAACAAAGUCUCCAAAAUCUACCCUCUUCCACAUAUGUAUGUGAUUAAGGACCUUGUUCCUGAUUUGAGCAACUUCUAUGCUCAGUACAAAUCCAUCGAGCCGUAUUUGAAGAAGAAGGAUGAAUCCCAGGAAGGCAAAAAGCAGUAUCUGCAGUCCAUAGAAGACCGUGAAAAGCUGGAUGGGCUGUACGAGUGCAUUCUGUGCGCCUGCUGCAGCACCAGCUGCCCCAGCUACUGGUGGAAUGGAGACAAAUACCUCGGACCUGCGGUUCUUAUGCAGGCCUAUCGCUGGAUGAUCGACUCCAGAGAUGACUUCACCGAGGAGCGGCUGGCCAAACUACAGGACCCGUUCUCGCUGUACCGCUGCCACACCAUCAUGAACUGCACAAAGACGUGUCCGAAGGGGCUGAAUCCAGGGAAAGCAAUCGCUGAAAUCAAGAAAAUGAUGGCGACCUAUAAGGAGAAGAAGGCGUCUGCUUGAAUGUCCCCAUGGUUCAACCUGACCUGGUCAGCUCAGAGCUGGACAUAAUUUAUAUAUAAUUUGAAAUCCUUCAGAAUUAUUGAUUUUCGUGAAUACUGCAUGUAUAAUAAAAAAAAUGUAAGGGAAGAAUAAAUGAUACUUUACUAACAAAAAAGAA